AUGAAUGGAGGCCAGCUAGAAAAUCACGAAAAAGAUCAUUCGACUUUCGAUGCUUUUGUCGCUGGAAAAGAAUCGUUGGUUGAAUUUUACGCUCCUUGGUGCGGCCAUUGCAAGAAACUCAGACCUGAAUAUGACCUCGCCGCGGAUCAGUUGAAAGACGAAGGAAUUCAAAUUGCGAAAAUCGACUGCGACGCUGAAAUCAACAAGGAAAUUUGCGGAAAAUACGAAAUCGAAGGUUUUCCGACAUUGAAAAUUUUCGAAAAUGGCGAAGUCAAGAGCGACUACUCGGGUCCACUUGAGAGCUUGGCCAUCGUUCAGAAAAUGCUCCAUAUUCCACGAUCCGAAGAAAUUCCAUCAGAGCAAGGAAAAAUGCUCAAAAUCGUUGGCAAAACCUUCAACGAGCUCGUUUUCGAGUCUGAAAAGCAUGUUCUCGUGAAGUUUUACGCUCCUUGGUGCCCCCACUGUAAAAAUAUGGCUCCAACUUGGGUCGAGUUCGCGGAGCAAAACGAAAACGACGCACUUGUGAUUGGCGAUAUCGAUGUUACUGCGAAUGAAAUCGAGUUUGAAUCGUACAAAGAUCUGGUCCAGGGAUUCCCGACAGUUUUGCUCUUCAAAAACGGGGAAAAAACUGCUCCGAUCAAAUACCAAGGAGAUCGAUCUCUAGAAGACUUCAAAAAAUUCAUCGCCUCUUCUUUAGAAUAA